CAGCUGAUCUUUGUUAUGGCAGCACGUCAGCACGGCAGCGGGAACCACUACGUAGUCCUCAAUUUGAAUCUGCAUGGCUGCCACUGUGACGGGAUAACGGUUGUCAUGGGGUAUGAAGAGGAAACAGAGAAAAGGCCUCGGAUGAAGAAGAGGAAGUAUAUAAUAGAAGAUGUGGUGAUGAAGAAGAAGAAGAAAAUUGAACCACUUUUGGUGAACUUUGCUAAUGGACAACCAUUGGAAGGCUCAGAGUUGAUAGGAACACUGCAUCGUAGAACAGACAAGCAGGAGCCACACUCUGUCCACAACAUGCUGACCAUCAAGACACCCUUCUUGAACUAUGCUGGGGGUCAGACUGUUGCACAGAUGUCAGGUGGAGUGACCACAUUCCUGGGAAUACUGGACCCUGACACAGGCAGGAUGCGCUUAAUGGAGACAAGCCAAUACACAGUUCAGCCACUUGUUAAGGACACCACACCUAGCAAAACUAUCAAGGCAGUCUUAGAUGCCAGCACCUAUGAUGAGAAGCAGGAAGCUACUGCUGCCGCCUUUGGAAGCAAAAAGGCAAAACAGGCAGUGAACAGGAAGCGGCAGAAUAAGGUGGAAGCAGAGACCAUGUCAGGAGCUAUAGACCAGGCAGCAUCAACAGCAGCUGACCAUAUCUUGAAUGUAGAAGAUUACAUGGAGCAGCAGGAAGAGACAUCUCUGCUGACCAUUCUUCCUCCCUGCAACAGGAAGGCCAACAAAAUUGAGGAUGUGUAUCAGUUGGAGAACUUGGCCCCAGAUGACUUCCUGGCUCAGCUGCAGGAGUCUGCUGAGACACUCUUGUGUGGCCAGGACCUUGGACCCAAGAACAGCCUUCUUUUCCGGGAGAUGAUGGAAAAUGCGCGACACCAGGGGAAGUAUAAAAAUCAGCUGCGGCUAGCAUGUUUGGCACUUCUUGUGAAGCACCUUCUUGCCUUUAUUGACUUAAAAGAUCCAAUGCUAAAGGACUUCAUGAAGGGAAGAAUUAUGGAAGAUUCCUGCAAAGGAGUUAUUAGCUGGAUCAUGCAAGAGUAUACAGUGAAACAAGGAAACUUUAUAUCAAAAACAAAGAGGGAUGAGGACAGAGCACUGUGUCUCAGCCUUAUUCUGGCCUUCAUAUCCAGCAGGUAUGAGCUUUCAGUCAGCACUCUCCUCCAGUCUGUUCCCGUCAAUAGAGACCGACUUAAUUUGCUCAUGAGGGUCAUUGGUGCAACUUACUCUUCUGCUACCCACUCAUUUGUACUCAAAUUCCCCUUGGCUAAAUAUUCUCAAUCCCUCAAAAAGUCAAAGCGGCAAAAGAAAAGAUAGUUCUCUUCUUGUGGUUGGGUGGCUUUCAAACAUUGCUGUCAGCCACCCAAAUUAUUUUGCCCUUGGAAUAGGAUCUUCCUCCAGCCAAAUAUUAUACUGUCCUUAGAAUAAGAGAAGAGAACUAUAAAGGUUAAAUUUUGAAUGAGAGUGUUCUUAUAAUGUAUGUAAUAUGCUGCCUGUGUUAAUGAAGAAAGAUAUUUUAAUGCUGGAUUUACUUAUUCAUUUAUUUUGAUGCUUUUUCUCAUCUAUCUUUAUCUGAUGUCUUUUACCUCUGGUGAAAGGUAAACUAGUAUUCUCUUCCUCUUGUGGACCUGUAAAUGAUGGAGAAGCUAUCUAAGGAAAUGUGGCUGUGCUGGUGCUUUGAUCAUAAAAGCAAACAUCAUGUUUCCUCUCAGGAGAAAACAUAUUUGGUUGCUUGUUCUUGCAUUUACAGUUAUUAUUUUAAAUCCAGUAUUUUCAGUCUUCUGAUGCACAUGAACUAAAGUUGGUCCUAAAAUGGUUGAAGUGUGUAAGGUGUGACUUGUCUGACUGUUGUCCUGGUAGUCUGGCAGUUUGUAAUUUAGGAGAAUCUCUCAGCCAGCCAGGGAAGGUCUUCCUUUUCCUCUCUUUAAUGAACAACAUGGGGUGUGGAUGAGCUCUGGGAAGUCUCCAACCUCUUGGCUCCCAUCCCAGGUCUGAUUUUUCAGCCAAUAAUGAAAGAGGGUUCACUCUUCAAUAGGAUCUACUCAUUAGCUGAUUCAGUAUUAUUUGAUGUGGGUUCAAGUCGUGGUGGUGGAGACUUGAAAUCUAAUGCACUCUUGAAUAUACCAGGAAUUAUCUUAGUCUUAAAAUAUCCUCAAUUUAUUCAUGUCUGUAUAGCAGUGCAGCUAAUAUAAAAAUUAAAGGAUGAGUAAUUUCAUUUGUAGCUCAUGAGAUUGAGUAAUAAAUUAAACAAGACAAAAAAAAAUGUGUGAUUGUGAACUAUACUGAUGACUGAAUGUCAUUUGAAUUUAGAGAAUUCUAAAAGAUUUACCAAAAUUUCUAUAAUCAUUUUAAUUCAUAUUUCAGCUAAAUUAAUGUUUCCUUUGCUUCCAUGAUAUGAUUGAUACAAUCUGAAGUGUCAUUAAUUUUUGCUAUCUUUGCAUGCAAAUAUCAUUGUAGAGUGAUGAAUUUGUGCUGUUAGUCUCAUUCCUGCUUUGAAUUAAUUAUAAGUAAUAGUCAUCUCUCAUCUUUAUAGUGAUGCACUCGCACUGGCAUCCUCAAGGUAUUAAUUUUAUACAUGCACACAUUCACAAGUAUUCCCUCACAUUUUAAACCUACAGAUCUCAAUGGGAGGAAGGACUAACCCUCACUGCACUGAUGCUGUACUGAGGCCAUUUUUGUAACAUUACUUGAGAUGCAAAUUGACAAAAUCAAAUACUGUAAUAUGUUAUUCCUCAGGUUCAUUCUUUUUAAGAAGCCUGUUGGUUGAGAACAUGUUUGUCCCUGACAGAGGUUAUGGAGACAUUACAGAAGGUGGAGGAUGUUUUUUCUUAAUCUGUGUAAAAGGAGCCAGUUAUUAGUUUCUGAAAGAGCUAGAUAGGUCAUUGAUUUUAUAAAGCUUUAUAUAGAAAGGGAACUAAGUAAGACUAAGAUUAUUUUUGGGGAGUAUAUAUGGUAGAAAUGACUCUACCACGACCAAAAAUAUAUUAAUAGCUUGUGACAACAUUGAAAAAGUGAUACACUUCAUCUGAAUCAUACACAGCAACUUUAGUGUUGCAGAUUUUGCACAUGACAGGGUGAUAUAAAUCUUUUCCCAAACUAAGAGCACUACUGUCUGUGUUUGGGGUUGAUGGAUCACUAGGGGAGUGAGAGUUGCUUGCUGUAGGGUUAAUGGAUUGGUUGGCAGAAGGAUUCUCUUCAGCUUCAACACUAGAUCCAACUGUGCUGGCUGCUACUGCUGCUGUCUCCCUCUGUUCACCUUUUGUCUCCAACUCCACACCUUGCUUUUUGUUCUUUCGGGCCUUCUUGUUUUUGAAGAAGUCUUGCUUUUUCUGAUCCUUCCUUGGGUAGCUAAGCCGCUCCGUCACAUUCACAACACAGUUGAAGACAAACAUUGCUCGAUACUGAUUGUGAUAGAUCUCAUGCCUAAGAAACAAGACAAAAAUAAAUAAAUAAAUAAAACAAUGAGAAGUGUAGUACCAAUUUAGUUUAUUCAGAGAUAAAAAUAUGUAUAAUUCCAUUCUUUUAGUAUUUUAGUAUUUUCUGCCAAUCCCAGGUUUGAUGAGGGAAUAGUUCAGUGAAAAAUGUAUACCAUAAUACAUAAAAGUGAACACAAAUCAAACUUUGAUUUCUGUUGGGUAUUUUAGAAGUGACUCACCUUUGACAGUCCAUACAAAGUGUUGUGAGGCAGGCAGGACAGUUGAGGACAGCAUCACUUGGUGGGAGUUGGAUUGUAUUGUUGUUCUCUACACCCAGUGUGCGGCCAGGUCUGAGGGUUGAAAUACAAAAGCAUGCAAAUAAUAAA